UAACAUCAAAUAUACACAAAGUAACCAGAACCCAAUCAUCCCACAAUCAUUCAAUAACAAUCUAGAUGAAUCCUUAAUAUCAACUUCCAAUAAAUUAUCAUGAUUACAAAGCACAAACAACACCCAGAUCUCUUACAUACUUUCGAAAAUAAAAAUUCUAAACACCAAACUAUUCAAACUCAAUCUUAAUAUAAACAAGCAAAAGCAAGUCUCCCUCAAUCAAACUUUAUCAUCCAAGAAAAUCAAAGUUAAAUUCAAACACCCUCCUCACCAAUUACGCUUUCGCUUAAUGCCUCUUCCCUUGACAUUUUUCUCCUUCGUUUUCAUGGAGCACAGAAAUUUCUUGGAGUCUGGAGAAUUGUCGGUAAUAUAUGUAGGCCAUGGAAUUGGUAUUACAUCUCCUCCUGGACGCAUACCAAAGUCUAUCUCCUCUGCAGGAACUCAUGUUUUGAAGAAUGGUAUCGUGUAUUGGGGUUCUCUGCCGGAUGCUCCAUGCACCAUACAACACCGGAAAACUGUGCAUUUGGACCUUGGGAGAUGGACAAGCUUCGGUCACUUUCAUUCUGAUCCAAUACCUGUCUCAUCCAUCGUCACCUUAUCUCUACCUAGAAAAAAUCCAAACUCUUUACUUGGUACCCAAGAAGCUAACAAUUUGGCAGUCCUGCUGUGUUUGACCCAACAACCUCAAAGUAAUACUACAAACAACAUUAAUACCAACCUGCUGAUUCUGCAAAGUGUUUAUGUCCUUUUGCCCACCAUCUCUAUGCUGAUAAGACAAACAAAUUACAGAAAUUUCUCAGCAUGCAUGAAGCUAAGAGAGAAUCUUUGUACUUGCUCCUGCAUUAAUCACAUGGCUGGAGCUCCUAUCACUAUCCACCACACACUCCUUCUACAUCCCACUACAAAAAUCAAUACUCUCUCUGGACUAGUUUCAAACCUAUACAGAUCUACUCAGUCAACUUUAUAGAAACUAUUAUCUCUUCAAACUCAUUCAAGAAACUAUUGAGUAAUAAUUUUCUCAUCUCCUGGUUUAUUGUUCAAUGGCACAUACAACUGAAGAAUCUUUUGUGGAUGAAAUUACUGAAGCUAUGCAAGCAAGCCAAAUUCUCCAUGAUCCUUUAAGGCAUGUUGUGAUUCUUAAUAGAGACUCCUUGAAACCUGAACCUAUUCAGGAUGAUAAGUUCU